AUGGCGCAGACCGAUUACAAGUUUGAGGGCUGGAUGGGUCUCGACCCUAGCUCCGCCCAGGGCAACAUGGUUUGGCAGGAAUUCGAGCCUAAGGAGUGGGAGGAGACCGAUGUCGAUAUCAAGAUCUCGCACUGUGGUAUCUGUGGUUCGGAUUUGCACACUCUGCGCAGUGGAUGGCGCCCCGCCAUGUACCCCUGCUGCGUCGGCCACGAACUCGUGGGCAAGGCCGUCCGCGUAGGAAGCAAGGUAACCGACAUCAAGCUCGGCGAUCGCGUCGGUGUCGGCGCCCAGUCCGACUCCUGCCAGGGCCGCCAGGGCGACUGUGAAGAGUGCGCCAUGGGCCUGGAGCAGUACUGCCGCAAGAAGGUCAUUGGCACCUACAACAGCGAGCACUUCAACGGCGGCAAGACGUACGGCGGAUACGCGCUGUACAACCGCGUGCCCGCGCACUUUGCCGUCAAGAUCCCUGAUUCCAUCUCCUCUGCUGCCGCGGCGCCGAUGCUCUGCGGUGGUGUGACGCUGUACAGCCCGCUCAAGCACAAUGGGUGCGGACCCGGCAAGACGGUCGGCAUCAUUGGUGUCGGUGGUCUGGGACACUUUGGUGUGCUGUUUGCGAAGGCUAUGGGUGCUGAUCGGGUUGUUGCUAUUUCACGGAAGAGCGGGAAGAGCGAGGAUGCGAUUAAGAUGGGGGCUGAUAUCUAUAUUGCGACUGAUGAGGACGAGGGGUGGGCGAGCAAGCAUGCGCGGUCUUUGGAUUUGAUUGUUUGCACUGUUUCUUCUACUAAGAUGCCCAUGACUGACUACCUGGGUCUUUUGCGUACCGGUGGUACUAUGGUUCAGGUUGGCCUUCCUGAGGACGGUGGUCUCUUUGCCCCCGUUCGAAGCUUGAUGCGUCGCCUGAAGUUGGAGAGCUCCCUGGUUGGUAGCCCCAAUGAGAUCCGUGAGAUGUUCGAAUUGGUGGCGGAGAAGGGCAUUGAGCCUUGGAUCCAGGAGGUUCCGAUGAAGGAUGCCAACAAGGCCAUCGUUGACAUGGAGGAAGGAUAUGCGCGCUACCGUUACGUGCUGGUCAACGAAGAGUAA